AUGGAGUUGAGCGGUGUCUACGAGACGACGAUCCCGUGUAAUAAUGGAACGACUCUUUGUUACUGCCAUUUCGACGGAGAUCCGCUUAGACUUACCUUUUAUGUUGAUGGGAGUACUGAUCUUCAGGUCUCAACGCAGUCCUACAGUUCCAGAUCUUCACUUUCUGAGAGCUUGACGAAAACUGGUCUUGAACGAGCCUCCUCCGCAAACAUCGACAUCUCCCUUCAGAAUAACGCGAACAUUUCCACAGUAACGGUCGAUUAUCGCUCAAUACAGUUUUCGGGAAAUGAGGAAGCUCAACUGAACGUCUACGCGGAGGCCUGGCAAAUGGGCGAAUUCCAUCCGAUGCUGGCGCAGGUGGAGAAUCGGUACAGAUUCUCAUCGCCCGGUCAGUAUCAAGUCUUCGUCGAGUUGGAAUUGGACGAUAUUCCGGAGAUAGUUCUUUCGGCCACUGCGCAAGUUAUAAUUCUGGAGCGAUUUACCGACUUCAAUGUCGAGGUUGAAAAUAUCGAAGGCGAGCUUGUUCGCAUGGUUGAGACUGGCGAGACCUUCUCCCUCCGAGUCAGCAACUUGAACGGGAAUACGCUCAAACAACCCUCGAACAGCUUGGACUUUAGCCUCCUUUCGCAGGUUAACGAGGAAAUCGUGGCCGUCGCUCCGCGAAUCGAGUUGACCGUCAUCAAGCCAACGUUCCUGCUACCGUUUACGAUUGCCUCGCGCGUCGUGACAAACGCGCGCACUGAGCUCUACGUAGUCGGCAAUUUCCAACAAUUUGCGAACUGGAACGAGCGAUUUGAGCUCGUUUGGGAUCUCGGGAACGGAGAUGAGGCGGUGGGAGAUACUGUCGAUGUUUAUUUCCCGCGAGUAGGAACAUUUAACAUUUCCUGCUUUGUUAGAAGCACUUUUUCGCCGUUCGAAGCAACCCUUACGCAUCUUCUCACAGUCAUCGAUCCCCCGGGAGAAAGUCAGCUUCGAUGUGACCCGAUCGCCGUCGUACUAAACGAGCUUCAAUGCAACGCUUCUGUAACUGAAAGUAUCAACCUGAUUGAAGUCGAUUUCGGAGACGGCUCUGGGCCGAAAAACAUAACUUUAGAAAGCACUGGACUUGGGAACUUGAAGCAUGAGUACACUCGUACUGGGACUUACACAGUUUCAUCACGCACGUGGCGACUUGAUGGCGAAGUCAUCACUGGCAGCCUUGCCGUAACGAUUUUACUUGACAUUCCUUCCUUUACAAUCAAACCUGUAGAUGUUGCUGAAGUUGGCGUGGAGUUCGACUUGGAAAUAGAGAGAAAUUUCGACGCAGACGAUUUUGGAAUUCGCGAAAUCAAAUGGCAAGUAGUACGAACAGAAACAAACAAUACAGUCAUCAGCGAGAAAGGCUCAGCAGCUGACGAAAGAAAACCAAUCAGACUCGACCAGGCAGGAACUUAUCGAGCAGAGGCGAUCAUGUGCAACGGUGGUUCAUGCGAGAAUUGUACACGAUCAUCUAUCAUUACUUUCUUGGCGGUGGAGCGAAUAUCGGGACUAAGUAUUUACCUUUCGAAAAAUACCCUUCCUCCUAAUGGAAGGGUCUGGAUACGCCCGAACGUGGAGAAAGGAAGUCACCUACAGUAUCGCUAUCAGAUCUUGCCCGAUUUUCCGGCCUGGUUUGAACCUGAGGACCCGACCGGCUCCCUCAACUGGGCCAUGAAGUCGCUUGGACAGCACGAAAUAAAGUUGCAAGCAGUAAAUCUCCUUGGCACGAUUGAAAAUUCGGUCUUUGUAAAUGUCGUUGCGGCUCCCGAGAUCUCUCAAGUGGUCAUCAAUAAUUUGGACUCUGAAUAUGUGCUUUUAAAUUCCACGGUGCGAUUUACCGUCCGAUUGAGCGAAGAUUCAGAAGCCGUCACUCUCUACAAGUGGUCUGUUCGGGACAGCAAUGAUGCCGUCAUUGCCGACGAUGCAACUGUGUCCGACACGUGGUCCUUCACUGUGAGCCAAUACGGAAAUCAUUAUUUCAACAUUUACGCGACGAACUUGAACGGCGAUUCCGAAGUUUACGAGCUCACCAUCAAAGUUCUUGAGCCAAUUGCCGACUUCGAAGUUCUGCCCGUGACGAAAUUUAGAACAGAAAAUUACGUUCCAGUUGACAAGCGUUUCAAAAUCGAAACGGGCAAAUCAUUGGGAAAUAACAUAACUUAUCAGUUUUUGAUAUCCGGAGUCGAAAGUCAAAGUUACUCCGGUAUUGAGGAUUUCAAGUCCUUAUCAAUCAGCUCUGUCGGACGUUACAAUAUAACUGUCAAGGCUUCAAACAGACUAACUGUAUCAAAUGUGGCGCCGCAAAACAUAUCUUGGGAGUUGGAGGAGAAUAGUCGCAAUUUCGGUGCAUCGUUUUCAUUCGAGUCAUCCAGCGAAAUCGUCGAGUACCAACUUAUCUUGGAGCUUUUCAACGAAGCGGAGGAGAAAACUUAUUACCUUGAUGUUUCCAUCCAAGCAGCUCUUGUUAUUUUGCCUUAUUUAGAGUACCCGACAGCACGUGCGUACUACCACCCGAGCAACGAGGAGUUUAAAAGAAACUGCCAGGACAGAACUCCAAACAACCGCUUACAAUAA